AACUCUAAUUAAACCGAGUUAUAACUUUUUCAAAUCGGUUUGACAUUUGAGAAAGUACUGUCUGAAAAGGAGGCCAGAUAAACCAAAAAUGUACAUUUAAGUUUGUUAUUCAAACAAUCCCAGUCAACGCUGCGUCAGGAAAUAACUAAAAAUAAUAAAAUAUUUUUUUUGUCUCGUCGAGGCAACAAUUUAGCUAAGCAAAUUUCUACGAAAAAUUAAGUGAAUCUACCAUGAACCGCUGCCCCCACUGCUUUGGUACUGGCAAGGAGCUUAAACGCAACAAGAGUACUGUGAACAAGCGCCUGGAUCGCUGCCUGAAUGGGUCAAAAUGCUUGGGACCCAAUGAUGAAACCGAUUCUGUGGAGCCCGACUGCAUUUGUCAUCGUCCACAGCACGCCUAUGAAUGUGACCGAUGCCAUCAAUUUUUCCAUGGACGUUUGACGGAAACUUGUCCGCAACACAAAUCUGAAAUAUAUUUAAUGGACUUUCAGUGUUGCCCGUAUUGCGCGGCUCCAAAGAGCAUGAUUCAAAUUGCCAAAUUUACUUGGGAGCAAAUCUGUAAAUUUGAGAAUGCUGAACUACCCGGCGGAGAUGAAGGCUUGUAGAAUCCCCCCCCUUGAAAUGUAAUACCUGUCUGUGCAACACACAAGUUCAGUUAUCUUAAUAUGUGAUGUAUGCAAAAUGAUGUGAUAAGAAGUCGUAUAUGUAAGGGCCAUGAGAAGAUGCAGAAGGAUAUAAAUAUUAUUUAUAUUCUUAAUGUCUCUUCAAUAAAUUGUAACAACCCCUUAAA